GGGCUUUUUGCUACAGCAAUCACAGCUGAAGGAAUUGCAUUUUCAUGCAUUUCCAUUUUGCCUGACACUAGUCGUUCCAGUAGUUUCUGAAGCACUGGAGCCUCAAUACUUCUAUGAUAAAUAUGGAUCACUUAGAGCAGUCGUGUAACGAGCUCUCUCUACCUGUCACGGAAAAAUGCAACCCUAUCAGUAGAGAUAUUGAUAGAGCGGACACCAAACAGAUGGUGCAAAUACUGAAAAGAUGCGAUGCUGAGAUUUUUCAAAAGAAAUUACAUGAUGAUCCUACUUAUCAGAGAGUUCACAGUCUGCCAGUCAUUCAAGCCAUGAUGAAUGUUGCCAAGAAGGUUGAAAUGUUUCUACGGGACCCAGAGGAGAGUUUGAUUGUUUUAAGUGGCUGUGGAACGUCAGGCCGUAUUGCAUUUCUUUUGGUGACAACCUUUAAUCAGAUGUUGAUCACCCAACAACACAAACAGAUCUAUUCAUACAUCAUUGCAGGAGGUGACAGGGCCCUGUUGACAUCACAAGAGGCUCCUGAGGACAACCCGGAGCUGGGAGCUCGCAUGCUGGACAAGGUUUGUGCUGGAAAGAAACACGUCCUGUUCAUUGGAAUAUCCUGUGGCAUCUCGGCACCGUUUGUUGCUGGGCAACUGGAUUAUUGUCUCAACCAUUUAGAUGUCUUCACUCCAGUCCUUCUUGGAUUUAAUCCUGUACAUAUGGCAAGGAGUGAUCCACUGCAGGACGGUUUAUUUAAUUUUAAAGAGGUUGCAGAGAGGAUGAUCGCAGAACAGAGACAAGAGAAAGCGUUCAUUCUAAAUCCUGUAUUAGGGGCUGAGGCAAUCAGCGGAUCGUCCAGGAUGAAAGGAGGCAGUGCAACUAAAAUCAUACUAGAAGCCAUCCUUCUGUCCGGACAUAAAGCUGCCUUCAGAGACAAGAUCAUAACGCCUGAAUGUGUGUCUGCCUGGAUCACAGCGAGUGAAAUGGUUUAUGAAAUCACUUAUUCGCACAGUGAUGGCCUGGACGCCCUUAUAUACAAAGCAGGAGAGAGUCUUCGGAUGGGAGGUCAUGUGUACUAUGUUGGAUGGCAAACGCUUGGCAUCAUUGGCAUGAUUGAUGCUAGUGAAUGCAUUCCCACGUUUGGAGCAGACUUUGGGGACGUCAGAGGUUUUGUCAACAACGGUUUCAGUGAAAUGAAAAAUAAAGAAGGCGAUCUUUCAUCUGUGGGUCCAGAGUUUGUAAUUGGUCACAAGGAUUUUGUGGACACCAUCUUACCAAGCUUAAGUCAAAAUGACAUGAUCUUAUUUCUGUUUACUGUAAAUGAUGACCUGCAUGAGGUGACAGCACUGGCGAAUCAAGUGAAGCGGAGGACAUCUAAUUUGCAUGCGAUUGCCCAUGACCUUGAGGAAAUAAUAGGCAACAUAUUUGAAACCGUCCUGAACUUCACAUGGCCUUUGUCUUCAGAUAAGGAGCACAAUGUUGUAAUGCGCUGGGAGCUUUCAACCAAAUUGUGUCUUAAUGCAAUCAGCACAGGAGCUCAUGUACUGAAGGGGAAAGUCUACAUGAAUUACAUGAUAGACCUCAGAGUGACAAACAGCAAACUGUACAGGAGAGCCAUACAUAUUUUACAGCACUUCACAGGCAGCUCCAAAACUGAGUGUGAAAGUGCUCUACUGAGAGCGAUCUACGGUACAGAUGAUCUGACUGAAGAGAUGACAUCAGCAGAUGUCCAAAAACACACAACCCUGGCCAAGAGAUGCGACAGAGUGGUCCCAACUGCGCUGGUGAUGAUACAGUGUGGCUGCACACUUGCCGAAGCAAAGCAUCAUUUAGAUUCUCAUCAGGUGAUUCGAGAUGCAAUAACUGCCUGCUUCAACUCCUCAAAGAGCAUGACUACUACAGACUACAAAUAACCCCCAAUGUAUUACUGAAAGACAUUCAUUAAACCUCAUUAAAUGAGAGUGGAAAUUCAUAAGAUAUUGCACGACUUGGCUCAUAUGAAAAGGUACAACUUUUAUUCCCUUAUGAGACCAACCAGUCAACAAACAGAGUUUCAAAUCGAUACAAUACAAGCAUUAAAUGUUAACUAGCCUCCAAUCUGUUUAUUUUAAGGAAAUUUUGGCUUUAGGGUUGAGGUAAGGGGUUAGACUACGGUUAAGUUUGGGUUAGGGGUUAAACCAUGGCAACAUGGUAACAACAUUGUCUGUUGGUUUGUACAUUUUUCUCAAAGGGAGUAAAAGUCAUACACUUUUAUAUGAGACAACGAUUAUUCUAAUCAUUACAAGUUUUUAUCAGACCGGGUUGCAUUAAAAUCACCGUAAAUUAUGAAUGACAAUACAAUGACUAUUCAUAUUGACCAUCCACUGAUUAGCUCCGAAAAGGUCACAAAAAUGCCAUCAAUUUCCAUAAAAGUUGUUCAUGCGACUUGUAUGCUAUUCCAAAUCGUCUAAAGGAAUACUUUUGUGUGAUUAACACUCAAAUUUCAGUCAUUAUUCACUGAAAAUCUAAAAAAAUGUAAUAAAUAAGAGCAUAUCUCAAAUCUUGAUGGCUUGUGGUCACUAUGGAUGCAAAAAAUGUAUGCAUUUGAUUAUUUUUGUGUUCCAAACACGACAAACCCGCAUAAAGGUUUAGAAUGACGUGGGUGAGUAAAUACUGAAAUAUGUAAUAAUGACAGAUGAUGAAAGGAAUUUCGAUUUUGGAGUGAACUGUCCCUUUCAGACAGAAUGCUUCAGAUAGUUUCACUUGGUUAUUGAAUACUCAAUUAUGUUACUAAUUUUCAUUGUGAGUAAUACAAAGCCUUUUUAAUACUGUACAAUUAAAAGCUAUGUACGCCAUGGCCUUUUGUUUUUGUUGUAAAAAUCCCAACUGGAUGACAUAAGGGCAAUUCUGAUCAUUUUUUCACCAAAGACUUCCUUGACACACUUAC